GGUCCCUACCCCUUGAGGGGCGCCUGUUAUUCACCAGGAGUUUUCAUUCACUGACUUGCUCUAGUCCUCACUUUAGCGGUGAUGUAGUUUGGUAGAUGAAAUAUUUUGAAGCAUAGAGAGGUAAAGUAGCUUGCUUUAGGUCACACAGCUAGAACUGGUUGCAACAGAGGAUUAAGACCUAGGACUGUGUGACUCUGCAAUCUCGUUUUUUUGAUUUUUUUUUUUUUUUUAGAUGUAGGUGGACACAAUAUAUUUAUUUUUUAUUUAUUUUUUAUGUGGUGCUGAGGAUCAUACCCAGGGCCUCACAUGUGCGGGGCAAGCGCUCUACCACUGAGCCACAAUCCCAGCCUCUUUGUCUUUUAUACACAGUCAUUCUCUGAAUCAGAAGCCGUUAAGCUAACUGGCCUCACCUGCGGAGGAGUACUAGAUUUCACAGAGAUGAUGAGAGCCCUGGGAUACCCACGACACAUUUCUAUGGAAAAUUUCCGCACACCCAACUUUGGGCUUGUGUCUGAAGUGCUGCUCUGGCUUGUGAAAAGGUAUGAGCCCCAGACUGACAUCCCUUCUGAUGUUGAGACUGAACAAGACCGAGUUUUCUUCAUUAAGGCCAUUGCCCAGUUCAUGGCCACGAAAGCACAUAUAAAACUCAAUACUAAGAAGCUUUACCAGGCUGAUGGAUAUGCAGUGAAAGAACUGCUGAAGGUCACAUCUGUCCUUUAUAAUGCUAUGAAGACCAAAGGGAUGGAGAGUUCAAAAAUAGGAGAGGAAGAUGUCAGCAAAUUCAAGUUUGAUCUCGGCUCCAAGAUUGCAGAUUUGAAAGCAGCCAGGCAGCUUGCUUCUGAAAUCACCUCCAAAGGAGCAUCACUAUAUGACUUGCUGGGCAAGGAGGUUGAAUUGAGGGAACUGAGAACAGAAGCCAUUGCCAGACCCCUGGAAAUAAAUGAAACUGAAAAAGUAAUGAGAAUUGCAAUAAAAGAGAUUUGGGCGCAGGUUCAGAAGACUAAAGACCUGCUCAAUAAUGUGGCCUCCGAUGAAGCUAAUUUAGAAGCCAAAAUUGAAAAGAGAAAAUUAGAACUGGAAAGAAAUCGGAAGCGACUGCAGACUCUACAGAGCGUCAGACCAGCCUUUAUGGAUGAGUAUGAGAAGAUUGAGGAAGAAUUGCAAAAGCACUAUGAUGUUUACCUAGAAAAAUUUCGAAAUUUGGCUUACCUGGAACAGCAGCUUGAGGAUCAUCACAGGAUGGAGCAGGAGAGGUUUGAAGAAGCUGAAAAUACUCUCCGCCUGAUGCAGAACAAGCUAAAGGAGGAGGAAAAGCGGCUGCUCAAGAGUGGAAGUAAUGAUGACUCAGACAUAGACAUCCAGGAGGAUGAUGAAUCCGACAGUGAGUUGGAGGAACGGCGGCUGUCCAAGCCACGGACGGCCAUGGAGGUGCUCAUGCAAGGAAGACCCGGCAAACGCGUCGUGGGCACAAUGCAAGGUGGAGACUCUGAUGACGAUAUGGAAGCAGCACCAGCUCUCUUAGGUAAAUGCAAGACUCCCAGCUCCAGGAAGCAGGAAGACUCGGAGGACAGUGAAAUUGACAUGGAAGAUGAUGAAGAAGAUGACGAUGAUUUGGAAGAUGAGAGCAUUGCUCUCUCACCAGCAAAGCCCAAUCGAAGGGUUCGGAAACCUGAGCCCCUGGAUGAGAGUGACAAUGACUUCUGACCCUCUUGCCAAGGGACCCAGGCAGAUUAAAAGCCUCAGAUUUGUAGGGUCUCACUAAAUUGUGAAGGACCUUGGUGAAUUGCCCAGGCUGGCCUUGAACUUGCAAUUCUCCUGCCUCAGCCUCCCAAGAUGCUGGGAUUACAAGUGUGUGCCACUGUGCCACGGUAGAGUUAGCUUAAUAUGAAAAUCAUGGAACAGCUUUCAUAUAUUUUAUAAUCAUAAAGUUAAGAUUUCUAAAGUUAUUUAUCCUGUAAUACAAUGCAUUUAAUAUCAUAUUUUUGUAUUAUUUUUACUUGAAAGUAUUAUUAUUUUGUUUAUUUAUAUAUUCAAGAAAGUUUCACAGGUUAAUAUGAUACAUGUAAGUUUUAGGAUACUAUGUAACAAAUAUUUUUGUCAUCUUUGCUCUUUUUUCCUCUCUUCCUAAAUUUUAUGUAUCUUUCAUAAAAAACACUUAGCAUUAAGCUAAUUUACCUUAAUUUGAAAUGUUCUGCAUUAGCUUGAAGAGGAAAUGGGUGGGCUGGGAGCCUGGUGGCUGCUCAGACCCCAUGGCUUCUGAGAGGCAGAAGAGUCACUUGUUUUCCAAAAUGUCACAGAUUUGGCUUACCUGAUGACCUGACUUAUGUCAGGAAAAUUCUGUUUUCCUUCUGGGAUAUUUCCUUAUAAUGGGCUUUUUUUGACCCCACAUUUUUUAUUGGUGCAUUGUAGUUGUACGUAUGGGAUUUGUUGUUACAUAUUCAUACAUGCACACAGUAUAACAAUAUAAUUUGGCCAGUAUCACUCCCCAGCACUUCCCUGGGCUUUUAAUACAGAUGGCAGCAGCUGCAAAGGGCAGUUUGUAGUUUCACCUCUUCCAUGUCAUCCUUCAUCAGUCGGUUCGCUGACUUCAUGCAGAGCCUCACCAUGGUGCAACACCACACUGCAUGAGCAGGUUCUAUAACAAAGAGAACUGCAUGUGUUGAUCCUUGUCAUUAAGUGUUUCAGUCACUGUGACAGAUCCUGGAGUCAGAGAUGUACAAGUAUCUUGUGGCCUGGUGCUUUGAGCAUACCUCAGGCCCUGAAAAAAAUGGUGAGAUUAGGUCAAUGAAAAAUUAGCAUUUGGUCAUUGCUGGCAAUUUUUUUACUAUAUGAUUAAAGGACCUCUUAAAAUGUUUAAAAUAUGUGCAUUUGCAGAAAAUAGAAAGAAAUUUUCAAGUCCUCUAUUUGAUUUUACUUUUUAUUGGUGGUAGCCAUUAAGAACAAAAUCGGGGCUGGGAAUGUAACUCAGUGGUAGGGCACUUGCCAAGAUGUUUGAGGCCCUGGGUUUGAUCCCAGUACCAUGCAAAAACAAAAAACAUAAGCAGGGACUCCCAAUGGGAAAUGCAAAGAACUGUUUCCAUUUUAUCUGGGACAUUAAGAAAUAUGAGAUUUCUUUCAUUAUCAUUUUAAAUUAAUCGAUGUCAAAUAUUUGAAAGAAGGGUGUGCCCAUUUAGGUUAGCAGCACUCAAGGUAAAUAUCACAGCUGUUAAAGGGACCCAAGGGCCUCUCAGGUGCUAGGAUCCAGGACUUAUUGAAUUAGAAAGGAGCCAAAGCCUCUACCUCUUACCUAAAACAGAAAUCCAUUCUCUGGGUAUAUGAAUUAAUUCUCUUCUCUACUAUUUCUGAUGGGGUCUGUGUGGGCCAGCUGGCUUUGGUGUAUCUGUGAUCACACACUGAACCCUAGCUGUUUCAGAUGGCUUGAGAAGAGGGUGUGGUCUGCUUAAAGAGUGAAAGGAGGAGGACUGGUACAAAAUGUAAUCAGUGACCCUGUCAGUUGGGCCAGUUUGUGGUUAAAGGAAUGGCACAUUUAAAUGAUUCAGAGGGAAUAUUUGUUUUCUAAGGAUGUGAACAUGUAACACAGAGGAAAGAGUAGUAAUAAUGUAGCAGUUUCAGGAACGCAAUACAUGGUCACAUGGACUCUGUCCAGCUUUUUGGCCUUGGGAUCAUUUUGCUAUGGAUGAGCUUUCUCGGUCCUUGUUUCCUCUAUGCACCAAACAUUUUUUAGCACUUACUGUUUUCAGCUACUUUGCUAACACUGGAGAAUUCAAAUAUAAUUAAGUCUUAGCAUCUGACAACCUAGAAAGAAAAAGGAUUUAAUAUUAUAAUGCAGUAUGUUACAUGCAUGUUAAGAAUAUUAUAUACUGUCAUGGGAAUCCACAGUAAGGAGCAACUAUCCUUGCCUGGAAGAGUUGACACAAGAUUUCUGUGGAUGUCAGAUUUGGACUGCAUCUUGAAAGCUGAGUAAGUCUCCAUCAGACAGACAAGUCAAAUGUGGCAUCAUAGUGAGCCUGAAUGUACAAAGGCACAGAGUGGUCAAAAGGCACAGCCUUUCUACAGAGUGAUAAGUAUUACAUUAAGGCUGAAGAGUAGAGCAUAUGGUGAGGGAGUAUCCAAAGGAACUACUCUGUCAUGCUAAGGAAUAGGUUGUGUUUUGUUCUGUAGGCAUAUGGCAACCUGCAGAGACUAGAUCUUUCCCCCCCAAAAAAUCACUCUGGCAAAAACUAGAACAGAAGACAGCAAGAUGGUUAGCAAGCUCUUGGUGAUGACCUCAAGAACUAGGUUCAUUUUUCAGAAGGGACCUCAGGAGAACGGACAGGCUUUGAAGACUGUUAUCUAGGAAGGGCUGGUGAAGAGGAAUGAUUGAAGGUGAAGGGGAGUUUUGUUUUGGAUGCUUGUUACCUGAGAGAUACAGGAAGAAUAGCAGGUAAGGAAGGUACAUCUGGGUGGUAAUAGCAUAUAAUCACUUAUGCAAAUGGGAAACUUCCAGUUAAACAUGAUGGACAGAAUACAUUAAUUUACCUCUGUCUUCCUAAAAUUCCACUAGAAUUUUAUAUGAGAGAAAAAGAAAAAUUUCAAAGGAGGCAAGGUUAACAAGAACCAGAAUGGAGUGGAUGAGAACAUGAAAAACAGAAGUGUUAAGCUGAGCUGUGACCCAAGGGUCACCUCAAACAAAACUUCCAGAGAUUAAAAAAGCCUGAGAUGAAAAUGUGUGAGAUGCAAUUAACAGCAGGUGAUAUGCUGACCCUGAAAACACAGCAGUAGAAACUGCCCAAAAUUGAAAAUGGGAAAAGACAAAAAAAAAAAAAAAAACCUUUUUCUAUUAUCAGUGUAUUGCCUCAACUCCAUAUUUACCUUUUCAGCCUGCUCUGUGGUGAUGUAAUAGAGCCAGACUUUGUAAAUGUUUCUCCUUUGCAGCCAGUAUGCCAUAAAGCCUUAUCUGUGGGGUGCUGGGGAGGCUUGGGUGGAAAAAGGGGUUUGCCUUCUAAUUUUAAGUUAGGCUUGCUUCAAGUCCCUAGAGGGGCACCCUUUUAUUCUCCACAGCUUUGGCCUUUCCGACUUCUCCAGUGCUCAGCUUCUGCAGGGAGUGGCUUUCUCCAGCAUUUGGUUGCUACCUUCUUAUCUAUUCAGCUGAGCUCUCAAUUGAGGUAAAAACAGUGCAAACAAGAGGCAAUAGAGCAAUCUCUUAAAAGUACUGAAAGAAAAAACGGUCACGUAGAAUUCUGUACCCAACAAAAAUAUAUCUCUAAUGUAAGACAAUGUUCACGUCUUCAAUUUCCAAAUAAUGUUCUUUAUAGAGAAUUUUUUUCCUGCAGAUCCAAUCAAAGAUUUUGCAUUAACAUUUGUUAGGCCUCUUUAAUCUCGUUUAAAAUAAUCUCCAGCCUUUUGUGUUUACCAUAACAGUGAUAUUUUUUAAGAGGUUGGGCUGCUUUUGCAAAAUGGCCCCUCAGUUUGGAUUUUGUACCAUCAUUCCUUCAUGAUUAGGUUCAGAUGAACAUUUUUGGCAAGAACGCUACAUAAGCUGUUAUGUCCUAAAGGCAGUGCAUCAGGGAAUGUGCUGGCCAUUUGUCCCUUGAUUGUUAAGGUAGCAUAUGUCAGAUUUCAAGUUCCUAAGGCACCUCUCCCCCUUUAUAAAUAGCAGCAUUGCCUCUCAGGGUCAACAUCCAUGACGACUCUGGAUGCCCUUGCUUUUUUUUUGGUAUGAGGGAUUAGACUUAGCUACUGAGCCAUAUCCCUAGCCCUUUUAUUUUUUUAUUUUGAGACAAGAUCUCACUAAAUUUUGCAUAGGGCCUUGCUAAAUUGCUGAGGCUGGUCUUGAACUUACAGUCCUCCUGCCUCAGCUUCCGAAGUUGCUGGGAUUACAACACUGUACCUGGCUGGAUACCUGUAUUUUAAAAAUAAAUAAAUAAAUAAAUAAACUUUUUAAAAAAUA